UCUCCAACUCUAAACUAAUGGAUAAAUGGCUGAUUUUUCUGCUACUCUUUACUGCCAUUUUGCCCCAAACAGUAUAUUCCAAGUACUAUCAAGGGGUGCUACUAGACUGUGGAUCGGUAUCGCGAGAAGACUACUAUGACGGUUGGCCAUGGAUGAAUGACGAAGGCUCUAUAUCUACAGGCGAGACCAAAACUCUCCAGAUAAACAAUAAUAACCUUCCAGGGUUCAUGGAUACUCUUCGAUAUUUCCCUGAUGGUGUGAAGAACUGUUACACUUUGUAUCCGGAUCCGCAAUACAAGUUCUUAUUUCGAGCUGGUUUCUACUAUGGAAAUUAUGAUGGUCUUUCCAAGCCCCCAACAUUUGAUAUCCUUCUGGAUAACCAUUUUUGGGCAAAGGUGGACACUUCUUCAAUUGACGAUCAGCCAAUUUAUCAUGAAAUUUUUUACAAACCUAAGGCUGAUCGUAACAGUACCAGCGUGUGUUUGGUUCAUACUCGCCAAGGUGAAGUCCCGUUUAUUUCCUCUCUUGAGGUGGCUUAUUUGUUGAUUGACGAUAUUGACACAAUGUACUCCUUGAUGGGCAAUGAUACCGCCUUGAAUCUUGUCAGCAGAGACGCCUUUGGUGGCCUCAACAAAGUUUUAGAUAAUGGUGAGAGUAAUUAUAAUUCAUCCCUCAGCAUUUGCUAUGAUAUUACAUUUCGAGUUUGGCAACCAAAAUCAGUUCCGGGUUAUCUCAACGUUUCCUAUUCUGGUGGCGAUGAAACUCAAUCGUGCUUGAAUCAGCCUUUGGAAAAUCGACCUCCAGAUGAUCUAUUGAAGAAUGCAAUUUCACCGGAAAACGCCACGGAUUCUAUUUAUCUGAACGUUGAUUUCAAAAACAGCACUCAACAAUCUGCUUACUUUGUGUUCUACUUCCUGGAUUAUAACUUGUCAACGAAUCCAUAUUAUACGAGAAAAUUUGAGAUUCACAUUGAUGGUGCAUUGAGGAACGUUGUAGAGCUGAAUAUUUCUCAGUUUGGUCAAGUUGUGUCGUUGUUUCCUGUUCAAGUUUCAGGUACUGCGAAUGUUACUAUAUCUCCGGUCAGUGGCUCUAAGUUUCCUCCGAUUCUCAAUGGCAUGGAAGUUUACACAGCGACGAAGAUGGACGGUACCGGCUCAUCGCACGGAUUUAAACUACGGUGCUCGGGUUUAUCUUUGUUGGUUUUCUUUGUAAUUUCAUUU